AUGAGGCUCGCAAGCCGCAAGGCAGUUCCGGUUGAGCUCGACGGUCAGACAUUUGACACUUGGAUCGGAACUACAGAAGACACCUCCACUGACUCGAACUGCAUUGGCAUCCUCGCUCUUGGCUGGUGCUAUGUGCUUUCCGCGCGCCUCAUUGAGUUACGAGGAGAGGAAGCAUAUUUGAGCUACACCGACUCAGAAGCUGAAUUUGAGGACGACAUUACUGAGGAUUGCUCUGCCGCUCACAAUAUUGAUAUCGGGGAGGUGAAUGACGAUGUCGCUCGGUGGUGGUCCGCGAUACUGGCUCCAAAUCAAGGCUGGGAGGCAAUUGUGACACGCAUCCAACACAGAGACAGGAGCGAAAUUACACCUUAUAUCAGUCCAUGGUCUGUGUCUCGCGAGUGUGCGACUUCGUUCUCCAUUAAACACAAAAGGCCCGCCACCGCCUCUGUUUUCCCACUGUCUGCGCAAAAGGCAUUUGAAGUACUGUCAGAAUUUGCUCUAUUGCACGACCUUGGAAGCCAAUUUUCUAUUUCCCUCGCGGUCGCCUUGAUGGUUCCGUUACAUGAUUACUGGCAAUUGACUGCUCACUUACCGCCACUCAGAAUGAAGGAAAGGCAGGCGAAACCGUGCCCUUCGACUGACAGUAUGCCGCAAUCGUGGAAGAGAUAUAUGGAAGAUAUCGAUUACUACAUGACCUUAAGCUCUAACCAGGAAACAAUGUACGCUGCUCUAUGCGGAUGCUUCUGGGAGCCCGAAGUGCCUUGCAACCUCGUGAGCCCAUGGCUACAUCCGGUUGUCAAUGAGGUUCUCAGCCCCUCGUCCAUGAUAACAGCUCGUGAUCAAGAAAUCUUUGCCUUGAUUUGUGCGAUUCGCCGUCCAAGUAUUGGUGCACUAUGUAUAGGGGCUACCGUGACCGGCUUGGGUCCAAAGAUACUUCGAAGAAUUGAGGAUGGCAACCCUCCAGUGGAUGACAAUACGUUUGCUUGGACAGGCACCCCGCAAUGUUAUUUGGACCUUGCCGGUGUUGGUUCAUACACGCUCGAAGAUUCUGAGUACAUCUUGAGACAAGACAUCUGGCGUCUACUUCACCUUCCGACAACUGAUCCUGAUGACGAUAAUUUCAACAGGAGGCCCUUUUCACCCUGGGCACCAUGUGGGAAAUCUCUGAUCAAGCACUGUGCUCUCCGAGUCACUCCCCAUCUCAAAUGCCCAAGACAUGAGUAUCAGUAUGAUCAUUUGAAAUGGGAUCUUGAAGAUGGAUGCACAUUGGACGACUAUGGUUACUCAAGGGAACUUUCCACCUCCCCGCCAAAAGCACUUUCUGAUAUUGUUGAUGGAGUGGCCAACAUAUCAUUUGAGCAGAAAGAGCUCGACAAUGAACAGGAGGAAUCUCAAACAGCAUCGUUCCAAGCUUUCCUCUGGCUUGCCGUUAAUGAUGAGGGUGUCCCCACUGAGCCUGUUUAUCAAGAUGAGUGGGUGAAAGUGGCAUGGUUUGACGACGAAGAAGAGGAAAAUUCGGAUGACGACGAUGAUCGGAGCUCGAAAGUUAUGAAGGAGAAGAUUAAGGUUCAAACAGAAGUUGAAUCUUGGCUCGCCUCUAAUUCUUGA